UAUUAAAAGGACCGUUGCGAACGAGAAAGUUUACCUCAGGAACGAGUCGCGUCAAUUUUACGUUCAGUUCGUCGACAGCAUUCGUAAGAACAAAAUGGAAAGUGAGAUAAAACCAGUGGAUCUGUCCGAUACCGUCAAAGUGUUGACAUGGAACAGGAGAUGUCUCAGUAUCGUGGGAAUAUGGCCUUUGAAGGUUUACGAUCCGAUAUUCCUUUUCUCCAUCGUAUAUCUGGCAAUUCAUUUUGUCUUAGGAAUUCUCGAUUUAACCAAUUACUCGAACAACUUUGAUCUUAUAGUAGCAAAUAUUACGGAAAACAUGGUUAUGCUGAACACUCUCAUCAAAAUGAUUAUCUGUAGAUAUUACAGAGAUUCGUUGGCGCAAUUUUUGUUAACAAUACGAAAGGAUUUUAAGGUCGAAAAUUACAAAAGUCAAGAUGAAAUUUUAACAUUUUUCGCUUACAAUAGACUAUCUUAUCUAUUCGGUGUAAUAUCUUUAUCUUUUAUGGGUGUCAUCUCGAUAAUAUAUUUCUUGGUAUCAUUGAUAACGAACGUGCAAAUGGUUAUGGAUAAUUCCUCUUUCGGUUAUCAGCUGCCUUAUAAGACGCGACCAAUCAUAGAAAUCAAUGACCCUACGACCUAUGGUCUUCAUUGUUUAUAUCAAGUUAUUAUUUUACCGCUGAUUACGUUCGGUUCCGUUGGUUACGAUUCCUUCUUCAUCACAUUGUCUCUUCACGUUACCGCACAAUUGUCCGUAUUGAAAUACAGAGUUAAAUUAGCUUUGGAAGAUCCAAAUGGUUGCCAAUGCGGGAUGAAAAAAUUGAUUAACAGACAUUACGGACUAAUAAGAUUGGUGGAUAUUUUGGAGGAUGCCUUCAACCUUGGAAUUCUAGAACAUCUUCUAGGAACGACGUUCAACUUGUGUAUUUCCGGUUAUAACGCUAUAAUGCGUUCGUCGAACGGUCAACUUCUCGAGCUCUUUCUAUUUUUUAUAUUCUCAAGUAUAAUACUGAGCACGUUGUUCGUCUAUUGUUAUAGUGGCGAAUGUCUCAUUCAAGAAAGUACGGACUUUGCCGUGGCGUUUUACGAGUACGAAUGGUACGACAUAUCGCCGGUGGAUUUGAAGAUGGUCUUAAUUUGUAUGAUACGAGCAAGUAAACCGUUGCAAUUGACCUCUGGGAAAUUUUUCGUCCUAUCGUUAUGUACUUUCACCGAUAUACUGAAAACUUCUAUGGGAUACCUGUCGGUAUUACGUACUAUGUUAUGAUCGAACGCGCGCGAACAAAUCCUCCUAUUCGUCCUAUUUAUGUGAAACAAAGUCGAUUGUAAAGUCGUACAUCGAGACGUCUUCAAUAGAAAUUUUCU